GGGAGGUGCUGUUUGUAACGGAGCGCCGCUGACAAGAAGGCAAGCGGUUGCAGUCGUCGUUUAGACGGAGGCACAAGGAGACCGAGAGACCGUCGGCAGCUUAUCUUGUUAUAGUUACCGCGGCUGACCUGGUUCUCAGCACCGCGGGUCGUCAGCAACUCCUCCCCGCCGGGCUGCGUCGGACACAGCGGCUCCGCAACGAGCAGCUCCCCCCUCCCUGCUUCCCUCCCCGCCCCCAGCCACCUUCAGCACCACCGGAGAAACAGAGUGGAGCUGUCCACACGUUCAGCACUUUGUUUCAACGACGCUGUUUUCCCACAAACGCCAAAAAGACAGCUGGGGAAGACCGUCUCCUUUACACCUAUUUACACGGGCAUCUUUUUCUAGGAUCCUUUCUUUUUUUUUAAGAAAAAUAAUAUUGUUUCAGCAUGGCGUCAAAGUGUGUUGGCCUCUGGAUCCUCUCCCAGCUUUUACUUCUGAAUGUAGUGUGCCAGAUCUCUGCCUUUCCCACACCUGCCGCCUCAGUGGAUGGUAAAACUGUGUACAACAGACAGUUGACAGAAGAGAGACCACUCCAACAGCAGAUUGCAGAGGCAGACAGCGUGCAGGCUGCAGUACAGUCUGCAGAGACCAAACCCUCCACUAUUCCUAAGGAUGUAGAAUUAGAGGAGGACAGUGAUGACUUCACUGCGCUAAAAUCCCUGGCUGAAGGACAGAAAUCAAAGGAGGCCAAUGAGAUGCCAGUCAAACCAAGCCAGAGGGAGGAGCAGUAUAUCCCAGAUGAAUCAGACUCUACCAAGAGCCGGCGUUUGGCUGAGGAUUAUGACUCCACCAAGAAUGGCAUGGACUAUGGCAAGUACCAAGAUGACCCAGAGAGCUUCCGCCAAGUGGAUGGCACCCCACUGACAGCGGAGGACAUCGUCCAAAAGAUUGCCAACAAGAUCUACGAGGAGGAUGAUAGAGGAGUGUUUGAUAGGAUCGUCUCAAAACUUCUCAAAUUGGGACUGAUCACAGAGAGUCAGGCUGAUACUCUGGAGUAUCAGGUGGCUGAAGCUCUGCAGGAUCUUAUCACUAAAAAUGCCAAGAACAACGAAAUUGAAGAUCUGGAGGGGGACUAUCCAGCUAUCAGGGGAGAGCAGGAUGACAGACAAGAUGACAACACGUCACCCAGGCGCCGAUACGAUGAUGAUAAUGAGGAAGAUGACGAUGAGGAGGAGGAGGAAGAUCAGACUGAGGAAGAUGUGGACAGGGAUGUGGACGAGGAGGGGGAUGACACAGUGGACAACACCUGGGACAGAGGCACUGAGGAGGGCAACGAGGUGGGCCCCAAGGAUGGCCUCCAGGACCUGCAGUACUUCCCCAAUUUCUACCGUCUGCUCAGAAGCCUCGAUUCAGAUCAAGACGCCCAGGAGAGAGAGACAUUGAUAACUAUCAUGAAGACCCUGAUUGACUUCGUGAAGAUGAUGGUGAAAUAUGGCACCAUCACACCGGAAGAGGGAGUCUCUUAUCUGGAGAACCUUGAUGCCAUGAUAGCCAUGCAGACCAAGAACAAACUGGGCAAGUCUCUGGGUGCUUCUGACGUCAUUGGAAACACUGGAAAGAAUGCAGAUGAGGACGACAACACCAAGGCCGAGGCAGCCAAGAUGCAGAAGGAGUAUGAGAACCUUAAAGACUCAACCAAGGAGGAUCAGCCGCCAACUGAGACCAAUCAACCGGGCAGGUCAGAGACUUAUUUGGAGGCCAUCAGGAAGAACAUUGAAUGGCUCAAGAAACACAACAAAGAGGAAGGCAAAGAUGAUUAUGACUUGUCCAAGCUGAAGGACUUUAUGGACCAGCAGGUGGACUCGUACAUUGAGAAGGGCAUUAUUGCCAAGGAUGAAGGCGAGACCAUCAAGAGGAUCUACAGCAGCUUGUAAUCCAUCUGCACUCAGCAUCUCUCAACAACCUCUGGCCUCUCACAUGGAACUGAAUUUGACCCCCAAAUCUCUCAGAGUAGCUUGAAUUUCAUGUUUAUCUCCCAUAGCA